CAAAGUUUAGACUCAAACAAAACUUUGCGAUUAGUGAGUGGCAGUGAUUUGCGUUCGCUUAUCAUGUAUCUUAUUUAGACACAGUCAAUAACAGUCUAAAGUUGGAAUCAAACAACUGCUGGGAUUAUUUUGUUUGGCAUUUUAUAUGUAUUUUUUCCACAAGUGUAUGUAGGUAUGAGUUAGAAGCGGUUAUGCGCUUUGUGGCGUUUUAAUUAUGCGCUCGAAAAACAACAGGAAAGCGUAUUCUGUCGCUGAACACUUUGACUAGCGAAUAGUUUGAUCAAACUAAGAAAAAAACGAAAAGAAACCAGCCUUUUCCGUUUUUUUUAAAGAUGACAUGGAAUAACUUUUAGCCGACCGAUCGCUCCUAAGCUUUUUCCUUUUCCCUACUCCGUUAAAGUUUGGAUUGGUUUGAAGCUUUUCCUCCACAACUUUACCCCAUUCUCGCCCGAAUGAUGGACCAGGGUCAGCACAACCCGCCCGCCGGCCACCAGAUCGUCCACGUCCGGGGGGACUCAGAGACCGACCUGGAGGCGCUCUUCAACGCCGUGAUGAACCCGAAAAACACGAUCCUUCCCCCCUCUGUACCCAUGAGGAUGAGGAAACUACCAGACUCCUUCUUCAAACCGCCUGAACCCAAGUCCCACUCUAGACAAGCCAGCACUGACGGAGGCACCGCGGGGGCCCUGACUCCACACCACGUCCGGGCCCACUCGUCCCCGGCCUCCCUGCAGCUUGGGGCCGUAACUCCGGGGGCCCUGUCGGUCCUGGGCCCCCCAGGAACCUCUCCACAGCACCACCGCCAGUCCUCGUACGAGAUCCCCGAUGACGUGCCCCUGCCCCCGGGAUGGGAGAUGGCCAAGACCGCCUCGGGACAGAGAUACUUCCUCAAUCACCUGGACCAGUCGACCACGUGGCAGGACCCCCGGAAGGCCCUGCUGCAGAUGAACCAGGCCCCGCCCCCCAGCACCGUGCCCGUCCCCCAACAGAACCUCAUGAACCCAGCCACUGGUACGCUUCCCGACGGCUGGGAACAGGCCAUUACAUCAGAGGGGGAAAUUUACUACAUUAAUCACAAGAACAAGACCACUUCCUGGCUGGACCCCCGCCUCGACUCACGCUUUGCUCUGAACCAGCAGCGGAUUACCCAGAGUGCACCGGUGAAGCAGGGCGGUCCGCUGCCCAGCGGCAUCAUGGGAGGGAACAGCCAGCUGAGGCUACAGCAGCUGGAGAAGGAGAGACUGAGGCUGAAGCAGCAGGAGCUUCUCAGACAGAGACCGCAGGAGCUGGCGCUACGUAACCAGCUGCCCACCAGCAUGGAGCAGGACCCCGCCGGCAUCCCCAACUCCGUGUCCUCGCCCAUGGCCCAGGACGCUCGCACCAUGACCGCCAACAGCUCUGACCCCUUCCUCAACAGCGGGACCUACCACUCCAGGGACGAGAGCACGGACAGCGGCCUGAGCAUGAGCAGUUACAGCGUCCCCCGCACGCCAGACGACUUCCUCAACAGCGUGGAUGAGAUGGACACAGGUGACUCUCUCCCGGCUUCCAUGGCAACGCAGCCCAGCAGCCGCUUCCCGGACUACCUGGACGCCAUCCCGGGCACGGACGUGGACCUGGGCACGCUGGAGAGCGAGAGCAUGGCGGUGGAGGGGGAGGAGCUGAUGCCCAGCCUGCAGGAGGCGCUGAGCUCGGACAUCCUCAACGACAUGGAGUCUGUGCUCGCCGCCACCAAGAUCGACAAGGAGAGCUUCCUCACCUGGUUAUAGGAGCUGAUGAGGAGGUGGCAGGACGCGCCGUGCCCCGAUCAAUACCAAAGGGGGUCUCCUCCUUGCUUACUCACUCCCCCGCCCCCCCCCCCCCCCCCCGCCCUCGCCUGAAAAUAAACUUCACGCUUUCAGAACUGCCGCUUGCUGCGCAGCACGGAGGACGCAUGGAAGACAUUUCUCUCCGAGCUUUAGGACUUGUGAUAACUCCAGACCAACCUCCUACGAGGCAGCGACGCUCCUGUUUUUGUUUUCUUUGUUUUCAUGCGCCUCAAGUCCUCUAUUUCUUCUUCCCCUCCUCCAAUUAGUUAUCUCCUUUUUUUCGUUUUUUUUGUCUGCGUUUUCAAGGCUGGCCCGUGAACAGACACAUAUACUCCAGGGUCCCCCGCUCGUUCCGUCUCACGAUCGCUCUCUUCUACACCGCAUGUAGCCCAGCCAAGGGGCUCAAACCUAGGGCACGUAUGCUAGCUUCUCCUGGGUGCCCCUGGUUCCUCGGGCUGCAUUUAGCUCUGAAUUGCGACACAAAAUCGGCCACCGCUCUAGCUUUGUGCGCUAAUGGACUACAGUUGGCCUUUUUUGUUCUUUGUCGUUUUAUUGUGUUUUGCUUUUACUCUUUAACCGUUUGGUGAGCCUGAGAAACCAAAAAUGGUGGAGUGCGAGGGACUGUUGGUGAUUGGGGAGGGCGGGUGGUGCGAGUUGACCUGUUUGCCAGGUAAGAGUGGGGGCCCCACGACACCACUGCUUGGCUGUGCCAGCAAGUCGACGACAAACCUUCUUGUGUUUUUGUCAAAUCAAGUGCCUUCAGUUGUUAUUUCUUUGUGUUUUUUUGUUUUUGCAAGAAAGGCGAGCAAAGCAAACAAUUGCCAAGUUUCUGUAUUGCAGCAAUAAGAAAUAUCUGAGAAGCUGUAUCGUAAACACAUUCUAUAUAAACUCAUGUUCGGUAAUCAAAUGUAUUUCCUUUUACUUUUUGUUAAAACUAAAUAAUACACAUAAUACUGGGAUUUCGGGAGUUAUUUUUUUCUAUUAAACCCUAGAUUUUAUGGCUUUUUUGUAUCAGUCUUAUCCAAGUCUAAUUCAUGAUUUUUUUUCUCGGUUUUAUUUUCGUUUUUCUCCAUAAUUGUUUAUUUUAGCCUUUACAGUUGUAUUUUAAUCCUAGAUCAUAUGACCGCAUGCUUUUUUUUUUCUUAGAUGAAUUAACGCUUUUCAAACAGGGUCAAUAUGUGUCGCUUCAGCCGACGAACAGAUAACAUGGAGAUUGAGUCUUCAGCUGAUAAAUCAGUUCAGUUUUUAACCCAUUAGCCUUGCUUACUAUUCACACAACCUCUCUGAUUUUAUAAGUGUGUGUGUGUACUGAUGUUAUCGUAUAAUGUCUAAUGAACACAUCUUUUUUUUUCCAUUGAUAAUGUUGGGAUUAACCAAAAAAAAAAGUUUAAAAUAUCUGUCUAAAAAUAAGUCAUUGCUCAAAGUGAGAUGCUACAAUGAGUGUAUCAGACCAAGUAACACCGCCAUGUUAGAAACUGGUACUCUGUCAGUGGCCAUGGUAAGUUGGAGGGUGGGGCUUGGACGUGUAUAAUAUGGUCUCGUCACGGAGAAAAACGAUAAAGAGGGUGGGCAAGGGGGGAGGGGGUUGACAAUUGUGAGCUACACAGGUUGUAUAAACUCUCACAGAACAACGAAACAAAUCAAGAAAAAAAACAACUAUCGGUUAUAAUUUCAGUCAGGAAUUGAGACGGUUUCCAAAGAUGUGUUUGUAAUUUUAUUUUGUCUUUUCUGCUUCCUACUCGGUGAAUCCAGAAACAGUAUGAUUUGUAAUCAAACUCCAUAUGGAAAAAAAAGAACAAAAA